UCUACAUGAGUUUAUAAUGUAGUUAGUGAUAAUUGAUCACCCGCAUAGCGUCAUUAAUUAUUAUCGGUUUCUUUUAUACGACAUUGCAUGAAAUAACCAAGAGGAUCUCGCCCCUCGCCGAGAUUGUGCAGAGCCGUCGUCAUGUUCGGGACGAAGCUGUGCUUGAUGCUUCUCUGCUGCGUCACGAAGGUGGUCUACGAGGUCGAAGGCACCGGAAACCCGUGCUGCGGACUGUGGGCGGACCACGGGCCGUGUGAGGCCUUAUUCCGGUAUUUCCACUACAACUUCAGUGCCCAGCGGUGCGAGAUGUUCAUCUACGGCGGCUGCGAAGGCAACUGCAACAAAUUCCGGACCGAAGACGAGUGCCGGUCCAAGUGCGACCGCGACCGGAACAGCGUAUAGCCCCGCCACGACGGGAACCCACUCGCGAGGGCAGCUGAGCUCGAGCACAAACCGUCGCUCCGGCAUCCCAACAACGGCUUCAUCUGCUGAAUGACGGAACUGUCGAACACCGCAUCAUCGUGGCGCAUUGUCGAGGUUACAAAAAAAAAACAUCACGUAUCGCAAUGUACGUCUCAGUUUGAAUCUGAUGUUUUGAGACAAAUGGAAUACAAAUUUUUGUUUUGGAAGAUAAAAUGCUUAUUUGCUUUGUGGAAACAAAUCCGUCACAUUAAUUAGCUUACUAAUCCAAAUGAAUUCCGAUUGUUUAUUAUUCGAUUAUCGUUUUAAUGAUUUAAAACAUUCCUGCUUGUAUGAAGCAGUAAUAAUUAUUUUUAAUAUAAUAUGCGGUAAUUUUAGCAGCUAGACAAAAAAAUAUUUUAUUGCAUUCACACACUAUGAAUUACAGUAAAUACACUAUCAAAGUUUUGAACCAAUUGAAAUAUUCUCCUGGUGGUAUUACAAAACUUUUUCUUGGCAAAUGGUUUCCAAAAAAAAUUUUCAAAGAAUUUUAAAAGAAUUUUUUUUUUUUUUUAACUUUUAUAUGCCACAACUGCUACUUGUAAAACAUAGGCAUAUAUUCCUAAUUAAUACAUGUUUUUUCUUUACCAUAUCAAUAUCAAUGACCAGUUUUGAAAAUGACUUUUUAAGACGUCAGAAAUGGUUUAAAAUAGCCGAUUAAAGUAAUAUAUUUUUAAUGUUGGUGUCCCCAUUUAACUGUAACUUAUGAACUCCAUACUACUCAUAACCCUACGGCCAUACACCCUCCACAAAAUUCGAAUCUGGGAUCGCUCUUGAUUGGUUAAGAAUCAGGGAAUAAAAUUCAGGAUUUGUUUGAGGGGGGUGGGGUGGAUAUAAUUCGGUUGCAGACAUAUUAGUUUUACCACUUUAUGAAUCCAACGUAGGCUCUAGUUAACACUAGGAAACACGAGAAUAAUUGGGACACACGUUAUUGCAAAUAAUGCGACGUAAAAGCAGGCGGGUGUACUGAUGUAAGUGCAUCAGAAUUUACACAUAUUUUUAAUUUUAUACACUACAUUAUUUUGAAAUUUACAGUCAAAAAUAUCUUGAAAAUGUUUCAACAUUCAUCUGAAACAGAAAAAUAAAUAUGUUUCAGCAAAAUGGACAUAGCGUUAUUACAUGUGUGUUUUAAAACAUACUCGCUUUCGCUCAAAGAGGAUUCGCACCAAAGUCCCACUACAUAAUGACUUUACCUACCCGAAUGAAACCUUUGGAGGAAAUUCUCCCUUAAUUCACUCUUAUGGGGUAUCGCCAUCCGAUAUAAUCCACACUGGUAAAUUAGUCAAAUCUUGACAUAGUUAAGCUUGGUCCAUAUGUGGCUUUGCCCUCCAAAUAUCUCCCGGUGGAUUCCGCUCCCAAAUUUCAAAUAGUGAGUUGUUAGCUACAAAAAAUAUACCUAGUAAUGAAUUUUCAAGAUAAAACUUCACCCUUGCUUUUAGUUGGAGUUUUAUAUUUAGAAAAAAAUCUGUAGAUCUCAUCAAUUUAGAUAGGCAUGCAGAGGAGAAAGACUGAAAUUGCAUGUUAAGUGUGAAAAAUAAUGGAAACACUUGUAAACAUUAGAUGAUUUAUCAUGUAUCCUAGAAAUUUGUUCUGUAUACAAACGGAAAUACACAAACAUUCACGAAA